UAUCAAAUAGCAAUGAUGGUAAUGAUUACUUGUAACCUAGCACUUAAAAUACCAAAAACGGAGAUGAAAGUUGAGUAUGGUGGAUAGUUCUGCAAAGUGCUGUGUAAUAAACUCACCUGUCACAUCUCAUCACAUUGAGGAAAUCACCUGGCUCUCAGCAGAGGCGGGCCUACCAUCUCCUGUCUUUCCACAUCAGUAGUUCUCCCACACAGCUGCAGCAGAACCCCAGAAGCGAGUUCUUCUCUUAUUAUGCUGAUCCAGACUGAAGCUUUUAGAAUCAGAGCCGUUCCUCCAACCAGAAAAACCUUUGUCAAAGUUCCUCCACCAUGGACCGAUGCAACAACAUCUCAGUUUUGUCAUACAGAAGGUCCAAGCCCGUGGGGAAGGUGAGGCGGCGGGUUCAGGACCUUCGGAUCCCCUCGUCCUCUUAUCAUUGUGCCCACACGGCCAGUGGAACCAAGCCGGACCUGAGCCACAACGAGAGCGCUCGGUUAGCGGCUGACUGUCUGCUCUCCCAGGGCCUGGACGGAUACCGCCAGGUGCUGCAGGAGGAGGAGGAGGUGGACUUCCUGUCAGAGCUGGAGAAGCUGUACAUCCUACAAAACGGGAGAGAUGCAAACUCAGAUUAUGCAGGUGAAAUAGAUGACAUGGACAAGGAGUUUGUCAACCUAUUUGCCCAUUGUGAGUCCCAAACGAGCAGCGACUCCGCAGUGGAGUGUUUGGACCAGAAGAUCGAUAAAGCCCUGGAUCCCAGCCCUGAGGUGUUUCUCCAGUCUGACAGGACAGCAGCUGCCAUGAAAGAUCUGGUCAGACAGUUCCUCAGAAAGACUAAAAUGGCCCUGGCUAUAGUGAUGGACGCCUUCAGUGACCCGGAGCUGCUGUGUGAUCUUCUUGAGGCGAGCAGGAAGAGAAACGUGUCUGUUCACCUCCUGCUGGACCACCUUAACCUGGAGGGGUUUGUCAGCAUGUGGCAGGAACUCAAACUCGUCAGCAGAAACUUCCCGAAGGUGUCGGUGCGAAGCGUCCCAGGUCAGACCUACAGCGCAAAGACGGGCAGGAAGCUGACAGGUCAGAUAGCGGAGAGUUUUAUCAUCGCUGACUGGGAUGAGGUGCUGACUGGUACAUACAGUUUCACAUGGCUGUCCAGUAUGGUCCAUCAGAGUCUUCUGGUUCUCAUUAAAGGUGCCUCGGUCUCACAUUUCCAUCAGGAGUUCCUCAGACUUCACUCCAGCUCCCAGCCGGUCCCUGGCUUUGUCACUUUCAUCUCUCUGCCACAGUGUCUUUGCCUUUACUCCCGAUCUCAUGAGCAUCCAGACAGCUGUAACUGGAAACCCCACAAGACUGUGACAGCAGCAUGUUCACAUGGAGAGAUUGGUCUACAGCCUCCUCAAAGCAGUAAGCAGCCCAGAGAGAAAAUACCUCCACAUCUACCUCUGAAGCCUUCGGCUCAAACAGCAGCAGAGAGUGGAACAGGAGCCAAGGUCGAGCUGCAGAAUCAGAGCCAGAUUCGCGGUCACCCACAUCUUCCCGAUCAGACCUUCUCAGAUGUUCGGCUUCACAGCACCACUGUGAAGAAGAACGGCGAGGUCCAAGAGCCGCGCAAUCUGAACGAUCUGUCCCUAACACACGGGUCGCAAAAUAUUCACCGUCAGUCAGGCUUAAAGAAGCAAAACAGCCUCGCUCUCCCAGAUGGGAGCAGUGAAAGAGUUUUCUCUCAGCAAAGGAACAGAAACUCGUCGGUAGGUUUCAUCCAAACACAAAGAGACCAACUGGAUUCCUCACGAAUCGCUCACGCAACGGUGGAACUUCAGUGUGAUCAACCUCAACUCCUCUCACCUCCGUCGUCACAGAAAACACGACCAAACCUCAGCCGUCAGGUCUCUUUCAGGAGCUCCGGGGAGUGCAUACCCAGUCUCCAACCCAACGCCUUCAGAGGAACCAGCAAGCAGGAAGGGCUCAUGGAGCGACACCACGGCCGUCUGAACUCAUCCUCUCACACGGUGACCUCCUGCUUUAGACCAGCACCGGCAGGAACAGGAACCGCUCUCGGUCCUCAGCAGCAGACGGAGUCCAAGAGGUUCCUGUCAGGCAUUCGAGCCACGAUGCAACUGCAUCCCGUCAGACUGCACCGGAGCCCACAGAAGGCAGCAGGACCCGGAGCGAUGGCUCGCUACAACUCCUUCAGCGGUGCACAUGGCGUGGGGCAGGCAGGCUGGAGAACCCUGCAGAGCAGCAGCAGCAGCACGUCGCUGCGAAGGAGCCUGAGCCUGACGGAGAGAAGCCCAGCAGGAUACAGAGGAGCAGGACUUCACCCUGUAUGAAUGCAUCCACAGUUUUAAUGAAAAGCCCAUGGAGCAGCAGAGCUCCACUGGACUGAGAGAUUCAGUCAGCGAACAAGAAGCAGACCAAAA